UUCUGCAACUCGCAUCCAGUACAAGACAGGCCCUGCUCAUGUUCCGUUGCUUUCAGUCCUGGAUAAACUGUGGCGGCAUGGCUGUAUGCUUCUUCUCUUUCCCUAGUAUCUGCAUAUCAUGCACUUCAGUUGCCUUGUGUCGUUCACAACUAACUCUUACUAAGCAGGCACAAGGAAGUAGAGAACAAAGGCCUAAACAUGGCUGCUAAGGCUAAGCAACACAUGGAACCUGGCAUGCUCGCUCAUGCCGUGGGCCAUGGUAAUCUUGCUCUUGUCCUGGGGAGCUGGAACCGUCAGCUGCACGACCCGCGACGGGGACGACACGGACCUCGCCUCCCUCCUUGAUUUCAAGCGCGCGAUCAGGAGCGAUCCGAGAGGGGCCCUGGGCUCAUGGAACUCCAGCGUCCACUUCUGCAGCUGGGAGGGCGUGGCGUGUGGCCUGGCGCGCCGUAAUUUUCGUUUGGCAAAGCGGUUUUUGGCAAACGAACGCUCAGCGUUCUCUAUCCUGACCGCACAUCUCGGCGGCUGUCGCAUCCGCUGCCUUUUUUGUUUUCCCAGCCGUGAAAUCCGAAUAGUAUUAUACACUGAUACAUACGGUAUAUGUACAAGAUCAUUCUCUCUCUACUUUCGCGCUGGAUUCGUCUCUCCGUCUUAUCUGUGUCUGCAUUCAUCUCUCUCAUCGCUCUCUCAUCCCUCUCUCCCAGCCUCCGCCUCCGCCACCGCAUCCAUCCGUCGCCGCCGCAGCCCUCCGCCGCUAUGCUAUCCCCUGCCGUGCUUGGCGCAGAUGAAUUUCUCAUUUUGUAUUUGCCGCAGGGAUACCGAGUUUCCUCCUCCUUCGUCGCGCAUCUAGAUGCAAUUCCUCCCCAGCGUUCUAAAGGUCGCCUGCGCAUCCACCGGCGCCGCCGUCUGCCUCCACUCCAACUUCCUAUGGUCACAGCCGCCGCCGUUGCCGUAGGCGUCGCCGUCGUCGUCGUCGACUGAAUUUUUCUGCAUCUUCUAUUGUGCUCUACAACCGCCUCCUGUGUGCCUGCGCCGCCCGUCUUCUCCCCUCGCUUCUCUCUCAGCUGGCAGCCGCCGCUGCAGGUGCUUCGUUUGGCCGGUCGGGUCUCUCCUUCCCUUGGGAACAUGUCGUACCUUGCGUACCUUAACCUCUCCACGAACAGGUUCUCUGGCCAGAUACCUCCUGAUCUCGGCUACCUGCGCAACCUCAAGUUCCUUGACCUAAACUACAACUCGUUACAGGGAAGCAUUCCGGACGCAGUCACGAAUUGCUCCAGCUUGCGGGGAUUGUACCUUGCAGGGAACUUGCUCGUGGGAGAAAUUCCCAAGAAGUUAGCCCUCCUCUCCAGCCUGCUACAUCUAUGGCUUCACUCGAACAAUCUCACAGGGGCCAUUCCGCCUGACCUAGGUAACAUCGCAACCUUACGGCACGUCAUUCUUCAAUCUAACCAUCUCCAUGGAAGCAUCCCCGAGGAGCUUGGGAAGCUAUCCAACAUGUCAGACUUGCUGCUUGGUGGAAAUAGGCUGACAGGUAGAAUCCCCGAAGCACUGCUGAAUUUCUCUUCUCUGCAACAAUUGGCCAUGCCAGUGAAUAUGCUUCAUGGUCCACUGCCAUCUAAGAUCGGGGACUCCCUCCCUAACCUCCAGCUCCUUUACUUGGGUGGAAACAUGCUGGGAGGCCACAUCCCGGAAUCACUAGGCAAUGCAUCAGCGCUGCAGUCGAUAGCAUUGGAGAACAACUAUGGCUUCACAGGCAGAAUCCCUCCUCCUCUUGUUAAACUUCAGAAGUUCAGAACGCUAUUUCUCCAUAACAACAAUCUUGAAGCAGAAGAUAGCCAAAGCUGGGAGUUUCUAGACGCAUUAACCAACUGCACUCUUCUAGUGAGGCUUUCACUCUACGGAAAUCUGCUGCAGCAGGGAGUGCUACCAGAUUCAGUCGGUAACCUUUCCUCUAAUCUUGACUACCUCUCGCUUGGAAGCAACAUGCUAUACGGAUUAGUCCCAUCGAGCAUAGGAAACCUUCAUAAGCUAACUACAUUAGAUUUACAGUACAACAGCUUUACAGGUGCCAUUGGUGGUUGGAUUGAAAGUAUGGUUAACUUAGAGGGUUUAUACCAAUGUUUGAAAUAGCCGGCUAAUGCAUUUAGCUAU